AUGACGACUCCGAAGAUCACUGUCUACCUCGAUGUUCAUGAUGUCAGCUUCGCAAAAUGUGAAGUAACGUAUGUCCCAAUUCUGCUUGGGGGGUUGAUGAAUCUAUGCAAUAAUACCGCUCCAAUCACCAUUACGAACAAAAAGGAUUGGAUCAACCAGAAUCGACGGCUUUGGGCACGAACAUUUAACAUACCGAUGAAGAACGACUUUCCGCCAAAUUUUCCACCAAGAACACUCUCCGUAAUGCGGCACCUUGUCGCCAUCCAGGAAUUGGAUGGUAGCAACCAGGCUCGAUUGCUCGAAGCGUUUGACGCAAUCUACGAUGGCUUGUGGCAGAGACACGAGGAGACUUACAGCCCAGAUAUGUUUAUGCCAAUCUUGCGCCGUAUCUUGGGGGAGACCGGUGCCGCAAAAAUCGCCAACAUGGCCGGGAAAGAGGCUAAGAAAGCGCUGCUCCGGAACACCGAGGACGCAUUCAAUGAUGGUGCCUUUGGCCUGCCUUGGAUGGUCUGCACAAACAGCCAGGGCCAGAAGCAGUCAUUUUGGGGAGUGGACCAUGUAUGCCAGGUCGCGAACUUUUUGGGCAUACCGCAGCCGGCUUCGCCCGGAUGGAGAGCUGCCUUGUAA